AUGGUCAUUUUCUUCGGCGGUUUCGAGGUUUCCAGAUCAAUCACGGCGGAGCCACUGGGCACGGAGAUUCACUACUCGUUUGAGCGAGACGUUACCAAUUAUGCACCCAUGCUUAAAACCGCCUCCACUGUCUAUGUGAUUCUAGAGAAUGUCGUCGACGGCGAAUACACUGGCAUUUUCAACGUCACCAUUUCCCUCACAACCUACCAAGGAACACCUCCCACCACCCCCCCUUCCCUCCUCCUCCCUUUCUCCACCACCUCCUCUUCCUCCUCCUCCCCUUACAUCCUUUCUGGAGCCUCCGCCACUACUCGUAGUGCUAUACAAUCACUCUCCGGCCUUCCAACAAAUGUGAUUAAAGCGAAGGUGGAGCUUACUAUAUCAAUGCACGCGGACGACGAGUUUUAUUACCUUUAUUUCCCAAAUAAAUUCUACAAUAGCCUUCCUAGCUCCUUAAAGCCCAAAUUCAAGCCGGAAGGCGGUCCCUUUCGCGAGCUAAACCUUUUCAUCGACGACCGAUUUGCCGGGGCAAUUUACCCUUUCGUCCCCCUUUACACCGGCGCGUUCAACCCACUGCUGUGGUCACCCGCUGUGGGAAUCGGGAAUUUCGGCUUCCCCACAGUUACCCUCGACGUGACCCCGUUCGCAGGGGUUUUAUCCGACGGGCAGCCGCACGAAAUUAGGGUUUCGGUGGUGAAUGCAAAGCCCGGAGCCGCAUGGUACCUAACCGGAAUCGUGCACAUUUGGGCAGAUUCCGGAGUGACUUCUACUGCUGGGCCCCCACCCACCAUCAGAGUGGCUCCCAGCAGGAGGAAGGAGAGAGUGAAGCUGUUUGAAAGCCCGGUGGUGCGAGCGCUGCGGCUGAUGGGAGUGCGGCUGAGCAUCGACGGCAAGUACAGCACGGUUGCUGCGCGUGACUACUCCAUCUCAGGCACCGUAACCACAGCUGACGGCCCGGUUACCACGCUGGUCACAUCAUCCCUUUCAGUGGAUGCAGCAGCAAUGGUGCAGGGAGGGGGGGUGGCCAUCACCUGGGACGAAGGGGGUGAUAAACUGGUGGACUUUAGAGUUAACUCACAAGUCAGCAGGGAGGAAGAGGGUGAUAAACUGGUGGACUUUAGAGUUAACUCACAAGUCAGCAGGGAGGAAGAGGGUGAUAAACUGGUGGACUUUAGAGUUAACUCACAAGUCAGCAGGGAGGAAGAGGGUGAUAACCUGGUGGACUUUAGAGUUAACUCACAAGUCAGCAGGGAGGAAGAGGGUGAUAAACUGGUGGACUUUAGAGUUAACUCACAAGUCAGCAGGGAGGAAGAGGGUGAUAAACUGGUGGACUUUAGAGUUAACUCACAAGUCAGCAGGGAGGAAGAGGGUGAUAAACUGGUGGACUUUAGAGUUAACUCACAAGUCAGCAGGGAGGAAGAGGGUGAUAAACUGGUGGACUUUAGAGUUAACUCACAAGUCAGCAGGGAGGAAGAGGGUGAUAAACUGGUGGACUUUAGAGUUAACUCACAAGUCAGCAGGGAGGAAGAGGGUGAUAAACUGGUGGACUUUAGAGUUAACUCACAAGUCAGCAGGGAGGAAGAGGGUGAUAACCUGGUGGACUUUAGAGUUAACUCACAAGUCAGCAGGGAGGAAGAGGGUGAUAAACUGGUGGACUUUAGAGUUAACUCACAAGUCAGCAGGGAGGAAGAGGGUGAUAAACUGGUGGACUUUAGAGUUAACUCACAAGUCAGCAGGGAGGAAGAGGGUGAUAACCUGGUGGACUUUAGAGUUAACUCACAAGUCAGCAGGGAGGAAGAGGGUGAUAAACUGGUGGACUUUAGAGUUAACUCACAAGUCAGCAGGGAGGAAGAGGGUGAUAAACUGGUGGACUUUAGAGUUAACUCACAAGUCAGCAGGGAGGAAGAGGGUGAUAACCUGGUGGACUUUAGAGUUAACUCACAACUCAGCAGGGAGGAAGAGGGUGAUAAACUGGUGGACUUUAGAGUUAACUCACAAGUCAGCAGGGAGGAAGAGGGUGAUAAACUGGUGGACUUUAGAGUUAACUCACAAGUCAGCAGGGAGGAAGAGGGUGAUAACCUGGUGGACUUUAGAGUUAACUCACAAGUCAGCAGGGAGGAAGAGGGUGAUAAACUGGUGGACUUUAGAGUUAACUCACAAGUCAGCAGGGAGGAAGAGGGUGAUAACCUGGUGGACUUUAGAGUUAACUCACAAGUCAGCAGGGAGGAAGAGGGUGAUAACCUGGUGGACUUUAGAGUUAACUCACAAGUCAGCAGGGAGGAAGAGGGUGAUAACCUGGUGGACUUUAGAGUUAACUCACAAGUCAGCAGGGAGGAAGAGGGUGAUAACCUGGUGGACUUUAGAGUUAACUCACAAGUCAGCAGGGAGGAAGAGGGUGAUAACCUGGUGGACUUUAGAGUUAACUCACAAGUCAGCAGGGAGGAAGAGGGUGAUAACCUGGUGGACUUUAGAGUUAACUCACAAGUCAGCAGGGAGGAAGAGGGUGAUAACCUGGUGGACUUUAGAGUUAACUCACAAGUCAGCAGGGAGGAAGAGGGUGAUAACCUGGUGGACUUUAGAGUUAACUCACAAGUCAGCAGGGAGGAAGAGGGUGAUAACCUGGUGGAACAACGUGGGGUCCAAGACGAGACGACUGUGACUGCCACCACACAUGGAACGACCAGGGCUGUGCUGUCCUUCCAGACGAUUGCAUCCACUGACACCCUUCUCGUUCCCACUCCGCAUCAAACAAACUUCUUCUGA